AUGCCCAUCAUCCUCCGCAUGGAUGGAUGCAACCCUUUCGAUGCUUUGUACCUGUGGGCUGCGGGCUGUAAGAUUAGUGACCCUGCCACAUUAGAAUUAGCCUCUACCACGUACGGGUACGGGGUCUUUGGCGACAUCCCUGCCCUGGCGGAGAGUCCUGCUAGAUAUCGACAGGAGCACUCGACAGGACCCCUCGACGGAGUUACUAGCCAUAACAAUGCGCUGUACAGUACGAGUAAAUUCUCCAACACUAGGGCCACCACGGUGAGAGGCUGGACCGCUGUGAAAUUUCCCAGUGCUUGCCUGAUGCCGACCUUCCCAUUCCGAUUCAGGCGUUGUCGUCGCACGUCUGCUAUUGCUUCUGCACUCGAUUGUGAGAGUGUGGCUGCUUUGAUCCAAAUCCAAUCCCAGGCUGCAAUCAUCGGGUUUCAGCCAAGCUCCCGGCGGGCUUUUGCUGUCGCUUGCCUUCCAGAGGGUUUGAAGGAAUGCCUCCCUCUUACCGUUACCCAAAGACGGUAA